CACGUGCGUUUGCUUUCACAUUUUACUGUGUAUCUUCGAAGCGACGUACUGCCUGAGAAGGUAUUCAGUGGUUUUCUUCAACAAUGGCGGACGAGAAACCAGCCUCUGACAUCAAGAUUGGAAAACAGCUGAAUGAAGGUAAAACCAAGAUCAUCUAUGAAUUACCAGACUCGCCAGAUGGUAAUCAUGUGCUAUUGAAAUCAAAGGAUAAAAUCACUGCCUUCGAUAGCACAAGAAAAAAUGACUUAGCUGGCAAGGCAAAGUUUAGCAAUGCUACUACCUGUGCUAUAUUUGAGCUGCUUAGCACCUGUGGUGUCAAGACGCAUUUUGUGAAGAAGCAUGAUGAUGAAUCCUUUAUUGGGGUUAACUGCGAUAUGAUCCCACUUGAAGUGGUGACUCGCCGCAUUGCCACUGGCUCUUUCUUGAAGAGGUACCCUGGAGUCAAGGAAGGAUACAGAUUUGCUCCUGUCAAGUUGGAAAUGUUUUUUAAAGAUGAUGCUCAGCACGAUCCAUUUUGGACCUAUGAAGAGUGUGUGGAGGCAGGACUUGUUGCAGGUGGAAGGAAGAUUGGCAAACAUGAGCUGAAUGUGAUGGGUGAGACAGCUGUCACUGUGUUUGAGAUCAUCGAAAGAGCCUGGGCAACUGUGGAUGUAGCUCUUGUCGACAUGAAGAUCGAGUUUGGGAUUGACCGCAAGACAGGUGAUCUUCUUCUUGCUGAUGUCGUAGACAAUGACUCGUGGAGGAUUUGGCCAUCUGGUGACAAGCGUCUUAUGCGUGACAAGCAGGUGUACAGAAAUCUUCCAGAGGUCACACCAGAAGCCCUGGAACAGGUCAAAAAGAAUUACCAGUGGGUUGCAGGUGAAGUGCAGAAGCUUAACCAACAUCAUCCAGGGCAUGCUGUUGUUUUCAUGGGCUCUCCAAGUGACUUGGACCAUUGUAAGAAGAUUGAGUCAUCGCUUAAGGAGUUUGCCAUUCCUACUGAUCUUCGCAUCUGCUCUGCACACAAGGGUACGGAAGAUGCCCUGCUGGUCCUGCAGUGGUAUGAAGGCCAAGGCAUCCCUAUUGUCAUCAUUGCAGUUGCUGGACGGAGCAAUGGCCUUGGACCAGUUUUAUCCGGCAAUUCAUCAUUCCCUGUGAUUAACUGCCCACCACCUUCAUCUCAGUGGGGCGCUCAAGACAUCUGGUCUUCUCUACGCCUGCCUUCUGGUUUGGGUUGCACCACUACUCUUAAUCCAGAUGGUGCAGCAUUGGCCACCGCUCAGAUCUUAGGCCUUAAUGAUCAUGUAGUCUGGGGAAUUGUGAAAGGCAAGCAGCUGAACACAGCAGUUGGUCUUGCUGUGGCUGAUAAAAAAUUGCAUCAGUAGAAACAGUAAAGAAAUUCAGCAUUAAACUCUUAACUGUUUUUCAGAAGUACUAUUGAAGAGCCCCUACGUUUCUUAAGGAUAAGUGUGAAUCAAUCCAUCUAAGUUGAUGUCAUGGGCUGCUGUAGUUUAUUGUUAGUUAUUUCCUGUAACACCUCAGAGUUUAAAGUGGUGAGAAACCUUACAGUGUGCCCUCUGCAACAAAUGCUUUGCUCAGAAGUCAAAUCUCUUAUUUCAUAACAGAUCAUGCCAGUGGAAAUUGGCCACACAUGAGCAGCUUUUGUGACAAAGGCUGUAAAAUUAGCUUUCUAAAGCAGAGAGGUUUUUUUUUAAUCCUGAGGGCAGGUUACUUAAGAGAAAAAAAGUGCUCAAGGCCUUGUAUCUGGAAGUGUGACUUGCAUAGUAUAUUCUUGGUAGGUAAACUAACUGAUCAUUGCUUAAGCCACUAAUUAAAAGAGGUUGUAUUGAAGACUUGUGAUAAUCAUUCAGCAAACAUUGAGAAGCCAUGCAGUUUAUCCUCAAUAUGGAAGAUUGUAAGUCCCCUACCAGAAGAUAUGUUGUUUAUCUAACAGAAUUUCAUGAACCUAACUCGAUUGUGUUUUGCAUGUAUACUAAAAUUUUCCAGCUGCUGUGA